AUAUCCGUCUCUCCAACUGUAACCAGUCUUUGACAGUUGAAAUUCCCAUUUCGCUCAAAAGUCCAGUCCCCAAUCGGAUUCCUUAAUUUCUCCAAAACCUAAAACCUCUCUCCCACACUCUCUGCCUCCCUGUUACAGAUCCAAUGUCGAUAGACAAAUCCGACAAAAUCUACGUAGCAGGCCACCGUGGCUUAGUCGGCUCGGCCGUCGUCCGAAAGCUCCAAGCCUUGGGCUUCACAAACCUCCUCCUCCGCACCCAUGCCGAGCUCGAUCUCACCGUCCAAUCCGCAGUUGACGCCUUCUUCGCCGCCGAGAAGCCCCGCUACGUCAUCCUCUCCGCCGCUAAAGUCGGCGGCAUCCACGCCAACAACACCUACCCUGCUGAUUUCAUCACCAUCAACCUCCAAAUCCAGACCAACAUCAUCACUUCCUCAUUCUCCCAUGGCGUCAAGAAACUCCUCUUCCUCGGCUCCUCUUGCAUUUAUCCCAAAUUCGCCCCCCAACCCAUCCCCGAAAGCGCGCUGUUGACGGGUCCUUUGGAGCCCACAAACGAAUGGUACGCGGUUGCCAAGAUUGCUGGGAUUAAAAUGUGCCAGGCUUAUAGACUGCAACACAAAUUCAAUGCGAUUUCGGCAAUGCCCACGAAUUUGUACGGACCAAAUGACAAUUUCCACCCCGAGAAUUCGCAUGUUUUGCCUGCCUUGUUGAGGAGGUUUCAUGAGGCUAAGGUUAGAGGGGAUGAGAGAGUGGUGGUUUGGGGGAGUGGAACGCCUUUGAGGGAGUUUCUACACGUUGAUGAUUUGGCGGACGCGGUUGUUUUUUUGCUGGAGAAUUACAGUGGUUUGGAGCAUGUUAAUGUGGGAAGUGGGAAGGAGGUGAGUAUAAAGGAAUUGGCUGAAUUAGUUAGGGAAGUGGUGGGAUUUGAAGGGGAGUUAGUUUGGGAUAAAAGUAAGCCUGAUGGAACUCCUAGGAAGCUUAUGGAUAAUUCGAAGAUUGAGUCAUUGGGUUGGCAGCCGAAAAUUUCGCUGAAAGAUGGGCUUGCGGACACGUAUAAGUGGUAUUUGGAGAAUGUUCAGCAAUGAUGCAGGUCAUGAUCUUACACAAGAUUUGUUCUGUAUUGUCAAAUUAGUGAGUUUUUUACCUCGAAAUUCUUCAUGUUGUACUCUAUUUUUCUGAACCAGUGGAUCUGAAAAUUGGUUUGUAUCAGUUAUCACUACAUAAGAGUAUUAGGAGUAUUUACUUCUACUUUGUUGUAGGAGACUUGUUGCUCUAGAUCAAUAUAGGAAUUGAAGUUACAUUUUGUAGUAAUCAUAAUGACACUUGGCAUUAUCCAAUUAUAGACCAGCUUUAUUCUCUUAUGUUUUCACUGUGA